AUGGUUUUGUUCUAUGGGUUGCUCGCGCUCGAAAGAGCUCAAAAUACAGUCAGUGUAACGAAUGAACGUGCAAGUUUAGCAAGAAAGCGCUUGGCGUCGGAACCUUCGACUUCGAUGCAUAAACGAGCCUCAUCGUUGAAUUCAUGGAUUUAUACGAAAGAUUUACAGAAGCACUUUGAUGAACGUUGUCUCCUCACUUCUGUCUAUGUUCUUCAACCAAUACCAAGACGUAAGUACAAUGAAGGAAACUCUUGGAUUUAUUCAACAUCAAAAAAUUCUUCACCUGCAUAUUGUGUAUCGAAACAAGUGUGGAUUCGUGACCAACCAUCGUCAGAAGGAAAAUCUUUCAAACGAUCAUUAUCAUCCAAAGCAAACACGAAUAAACCACUUUCUCCAAAUCAAAUACCUAAAAACUCAUCAAUGAAAACAAAACCCACACGACUAUGUUCAUUGUUUUCCUUUCCACCAACGUAUCUCUCAAAUCACCAAGCACGAUUAUCCUCGCCAUUGAUAUUACACCGAAACGUCAAGACAUGA